GUGCGUGUGACGUCUUACCCAAUGCCGGUUCGAUCGGAAAGUGAGCAGUGCGAGCACAACUGAUGCGAAGCAUUUCACGCACUGAGGCAACGGACAAUACGUGCCUCAGCCGCCGCCGCCAUCCCAGUGCCACCCAAGGUUUUGGGGGUGGAAGUGAGAGUUGUGCUUUUGCUUCUGGCUUUCGGUGGCUGAGGUUGAACCGUUCGCGGUCAGUUGUAGUAUUGCCCCGUGCGAGGAUAGAGAGCGCACAGGCGCGCGACAAUCAACACGAACCGUGACACGCUGGUGAAGCGAUACGCGAGUGAGCGUGAAUAGAGCGUUGACUAAUAGAAUCAGCAGCAUGGUACCGUCGGGACCAGCAGGUGUUUCCAAGAUGCUGCCAAGUACCAGGACAGGCAGGGCGUUCGCUUUCGGACGGCAUCAUUUUCUACUCUCGCUGGGUUUAUGUUGCAUUCUGCAACUGUGCCUGCUGGCAGGCUCUGCCAACGCUACCUCGAUGUACUACAAGAAAGUUAGUGGUGAAAAGUAUGAACCAGACUGGGUGCCCGUAUCGUCCACGGUGAUACCUUUGGUGGAGCGUGUCGUCAGCGUGGGUGCGCGCACGAAGCCGUCCACCGGUGCGGAUGGUUCGCAACACCCCGGAGCGGCCCGUUUGCAGUCGGCGGACGAAAGCUACAAACGCGCGUACGUGAAGCACAUCAGCAAGUUCACGAAGAUUGGUACCGCCGGAGCGUUGGUUCAGCCGGGCACGCUCAUUACCGGUAAACAGGCCGCAAGUGCAAAGGAUUAGGAGCUGCCUCGGUGUGGACGGACGCAGGAGCCAACGGGGCGGAAUGUGGAGCGGAUACUGUGCGCGAUUUCACCUCAAGUUCAAUAUAAUCAGCGUGACUAACGUGUUUAAAAUGUUGUGCUAAAGUUAAUCACUAAUUUGCUAAGUGUUGAUAUUAAUAAACGUUAAACCUACCGCGUAUGUGUCGCACGGAGCUCCCUCCUAUGUGUACUAAUAAAAUUAAAACAAAAAAAUCUAACAAAUUGUAUCACUUCACGGCAGCAGACGCAUUAGACAGAUUGUUAAAGAUGACAAGUAAUUUGAUGGAGGGCAGGACAGAUUAUCUCACUGUUGUGCUGCAAUAGAAACAUUUUGCUGUUUAUUUAAUGUUUGUAAUAGCUUUGAUCGUUUCAGCGUCCUUUAUCGGACUAUUCGAAGCAACAAUAGAAUGAUUUUUACGUACCGAGGGAACAGCGCUGUACAAAAACAGAUGUGUAUCUGUUGAAAGAUGUUUCACCCAAAACGAUGAUUUUGCAACCCUAACCCUCACGGAGCUGUAGAGGCAAACGAAAUGAAAUAAAAAGUGCCACUAUCAAGUUA